CAGUUGCACACAAAAAAAAAAAAAAAAGGUUUCGUCCCUCUCAUUGCGUCACCGAGAUUCUCACCGGUCCUCUGCUUUUUGAAUCUUUGUCUUUAAAUCCAUUCAAAGGUUAGAGAUGGAGUUGGAUCCAAAGAAGUUUGCUGCACUAUUGGACAAAAUUGAAGCUGAAGCUGAUGAGUUUCUAUUAGCUCGAAAUCAGAUGGUGGAGAAUGACAAGGAGAGGAAUGCAAACCGAGAGGCUCUUACAGCACUUAGGAAGAGAGCUCGGACAACAAAGACUAGUGUUCUGUCUCCAUUCGAUUCUAUGAUGAAAGAUAUACAUGUGAGCUCAACGAAACCUUUGGUCCAAGAAGUUUGCUCCACAUGUGGAUCCCAUGAUUCUAGUGAACCGAAUUGGAUGAUGCUCCCAGGAGCUGAUCUUUUUGCUGCAAUUCCGUUUCAUGCUGUGCAUACAAUGCUAGAGAAAGAUGAAGAGAAAAUGGAGUUUGAAUCGAAGAAAUUGCAGAGCUUAGUGAAGGAGAAAGCUCUGUUUAUAUCGGAACUCGGGGCUCUUGCUGAUAGUACUUCUCCAGGCGUUAUCAGAUCGUUGGUGGCUUUAAAGGAUAACUAAACUAAAUAGAAGAAGUAGAAACAAUGUUGGUUUCACAUAAGGAUAUUGGUGUUCUAUUUUAUGAAAACGAAAUUUCAUUAAUUUAAAAGCACAAUCUUUCCUUGUGACUUUU